AUCUUCUUCCUCUUUCUUUCUUUCUUCUUCUUUUUUCUCUCUCUCACUCUCUCUUUCUCUCUCUCUCUCUCUCUCUCUCUCUCUCUCUCUCUCUCUUUCCUCCAUCAUCCUCCUCCAAGAGAACCCAGGUUUGGGUUCUUUGGAUCUGGGUUCUGCAGUAGAACCCAAAUGCAAAACCCAAUCUGGGUUUUGCUGAAUGGCCAAGGUGGCGGAAAAGGAAGGGAAGGACCCACAGCUGCAACGACAAGAUCCAAAGCAACUUGCUGUUGGAGCGACAGUGGCUAUUGUUGAGGUAUUGUUCUGAAUAAUGAAGAUUGUUACUGCUGUUGCGAUUGCAUUGGUGGCUUCUAGAGUAAGACAAGCAAGAACUCGUCACUGUUGGGUGUCUUCAGAGUUAACGAAUUAAAUAACGGAGUUAACGGAUUAAGUAAUAGAGUGAGAAUGUGUAACGGAGGGUGAGGAAUUGUGAUGUGUGCCAAUCAUCGUCCUUUUGACCUAUCGCAAAACCUCUUGUAGAGAAUUCAUUGUUUGGCGUGUUAUCAUUGUUUCUGAAUAAUGAAAAGAGUUGCAAGAC